GUAAUGCCGGAUCAGGUCUCACGGCUCUUGCCGGAUCGUACACCAGCUGGUGAGCGACAAUGGUGCAGCAUCAGAUGUCCGGAAGGGGAAAUGUUCAACAGUAAACCGGACAGAUGUAAAACUUUGUACCAGAUAUUCCAGCGCGGACUGAGCAUCAGCAUGGACCAGCCCUGCAUGGGCUACAGACCUACCCCAGAUGGACCUUACUUCUGGUUGACUUACAGUGAAGUAUCACAGAAUGCUGACAACAUUGGUUCUGGUCUGGCACACAGAGGGGUGAAGAAGGCUGAGUUUAUUGGGAUCAGUUCACAUAAUAGUCAUGAGUGGAGCACCCUCUCUAUCGCCUGUGAUGCUCAGAGUUUCAUCCUGUGUCCGCUCUACGACACUUUAGGAGAGGAAGCUGUUAAGUUCUGCUUGAAUCAGACUGAACUAACAAUAUUGUUCGUGUCUGAGAAGACUAUCAGUACUUAUAUCGGAUAUCUGCCCACGUCACCCCACAUAAAAACGAUCGUGAAAAUCGGCAGCGACGUAACGGACGAGGAAAAGGAAAAAGCGGGUAAACACGGCGUAACAGUGAUGACUUACAAGGACUUGUACGCAGAGGGGGAAGCGAACCCUGUCCCACACAAUCCACCUCAACCAGAGGACAUAGCCACCAUCUGUUACACCAGCGGCACAACUGGUCUACCAAAAGGUGCCAUGCUGUCCAAUGGUGCUAUGGCCAGCACAACCUAUGCUGUUUCCAUAAUGUUGAACGAGACUAGCUUUGUACCCGAGGAUGUCAACAUCUCUUACCUGCCCGCUAGUCAUGUCUUCGAACGAGAACUUCAGUAUUGCAUCCUGAAAGCAGGAGCGCGGAUAGGGUUCUGGCAGGGGGACGUCAGGAAACUGAGCGGAGACAUGAUGGAACUGAAACCUACAAUAUUUGCAGCUGUUCCCAGGAUCAUUAACCGGAUAUAUGACAAGAUCAUGUCGGAGGUGAAAGCAAGUGCAGUGAAAAGUUACCUGUUCAACUGGGCUCUCGGAACGAAGACUGCUGAGGUUGAAACUGGAGUUAUCAGAAACAACAGUUUCUGGGAUUAUGUCAUCUUUGGAAAGGUACAGAAGAUGCUUGGAGGGCGUGUUAGACUGAUGCCUUGUGGAGCAGCUCCCUUCAAAUACGAAGUUCUGCAAUUCUUCAGGGCAGCUCUAGGUGCUGUCGUUCUCGAGGGUUACGGACAGACAGAGAGUUGUGGGUGUGCUGUUGUAUCGAUACCAGGAGAUUACAGUGGCAGUUGUAUCGGAGGAGUUGUAUCCAACACCAUCUUGAAACUUGAGUCUGUACCUGACAUGGGAUACAAUACAGAGAACAAUAAAGGUGAGGUGUGCCUUAAAGGAUCGGGCUUGUUCUCCCACUAUUUCAAAAACCCUGAGAAAACAGCAGAGACUCUGGACGAAGAUGGCUGGCUGCACACGGGCGAUAUCGGACUCAUGAGAGAUGGGGGACUCCGGAUAAUCGACCGGAAGAAGAACAUUUUCAAGUUAUCUCAGGGGGAGUAUGUUGCACCGGAGAAGAUAGAGCUUCUGUACGAGAGGUGUCCUCUAGUUUCACAGGUGUGCGUGUACGGUCAGUCCACUAAGAACAACCUGAUAGCACUUGUCAUUCCUGAUGAGGUGGCUGGCAAGAAGUGGGCCAGGGAGAACGGGGUCGAAGAUACGGCCAUGGAGAAUCUCGUCAAAAAUAAAGAGUUCAGGAAAGAUAUCCUCACAGAGGUAACGAAGCUUGGAAGAGACGGGGGUCUGCGGUCCUUUGAACUUGCUAAGAAACUCUACCUGGACUACAUCCCCUUCUCCGUGGAUAACGACCUCAUGACCCCAACCUUCAAGCUAAAGAGACACAACAUCGCCAAGCAUUACGCGGAGAGCAUCGAAAAAAUGUACGAAACAUUGGACUAAACUGUCAUACUUUAGAAGAGACCUGUCUCACUCUACUGUGCCUACCAGUUUGAAAAUUUUAUAUUUUGUAGAGUUUUACAUAAUUGCUAU